UUCUUCUUGUCGCCCUUUCAAUCGGCCCAGGCCUAUUUCUAAGGAAGCAGGUGCGCUUGGGUGUAGGCUAAUGCUGCUUUCAUGGGACAUGCAAAAAUCGGGUAUCAGAAAUGCUUCACGUAAAUCUCAUUUUUAUUGGACUCAGUGACCAUAAAAAUGUGGGAGGAAAUGGCAAAUGUAUGUGUGUUUAAAGCAAAAAACACAUGAGAGGAAAAUCAUCCAGAUAUUAGAAACCAGUGGGUCGCCGUCUCUAUUGAUACUUUGGAUCUCCAAUCUUUUUCUUGUGUUUGAAGUCCUCACAGACCCCGCCUCUCGCCUCUGCACUCCCGUGAAUAGGUAACUAAACUUUUAUAGCCUUUUGGUAGUUGACGUCGAAGUUGAAUCCCGUGCUUUUGGCAUCUGCCUGAGGAGUCUUUCUGUCAUUAUUGCUGGGUUCAAAUUUAAUCCAGGUGGAACCUCUCUAUCCGCAGAAUGUCUCCAUCGACGUCCCCCAGGUUCUUCAGUGAGAGGGAAGUGGCCCGUCACUGCACCAAGGACUCCUGCUGGGUGCUUCAGGGGACCCGAGUAUACGACGUGACCGCGUUUCUACGGAUGCACCCGGGUGGUGAGGCGCUUAUUCUUCGCCGGUCAGGCAGGGAUGUAGUCCAGGAGAUGGAAGGACCCCCACACCGCCACUCUGACAACGCCCGGCGGUGGAUGGAACAGUACUACAUAGGAGAGCUAGACAGAGACACCGACGAGGCACAGGUAAAGCUGAAGGUUACUUAUGCAUACACAGCUGAGUUGGUUUAUCGCCAUUUUCCCGUUUAUGAAAACAAAAAGUUUGGGUCAAAGAAAAAUCCGUUUUAGGGGUUACCCGGAUGUUCGUCCAAGUGUAGGUUAUUUCUGGGUGUAAGGUGCUCACUUAAAAAAUUAUACAGUAGGCUAACUAUCUUGGUUGAAGUACUUUUUAGAAUAUUUCUCCUAUAAAAAUGAAUCACCCAAAAGUGGGCCAACAAAAAAUCAGUUUAGUUCAGUUAGACUGUCGCACCAGUUGUGCUGGGGUUGCUUCACGUGGGGGGUUGUACCUGACAUUUUCGGACCUUUACCCCGAUAUGAAUUGGACGUCGUUGGGAAAGUCGUAACACGCGCUUACCUGUGCUCCAAUUUUACCGUCUAUCCUCUAAAGAUAACCGAAUCUGUGAUAACAGGUUGUCCGUGACUUGCCCCGACGUCUCCUGAGGCAGAAAAGUCCCAUCCCAGUACGGGAGGGAUUGACGAGCCAGCGGAAAAGUCAAUGAUGGAACACAGGGAGGGGUGUGCAGAUGAUAUCGUAAACCUAUGAGGUUGAGGUUGCAGGGUGGAUCGGUGGGGCCAGUGGCGUUAAUAAAUGAUUUAAGGCGUGUGUGUGUGUGUGUGUGUGUGUGUGUGUGUGUGUGUGUGUGUGCGUGUGCGAGUGAAAGAGAGAGAUACACACUAACAGUAAGAGACAGAAACAGUAGGUAGAUUUGGUAUAAAGCAGGGCAAAUUUGUGGGACAAGGAAUCUUUAAUCUUUUAUUAGAUGAAUUGACAUCCCACAAUAGCCCUUGUGUGUCUCUCUAGGGAUGAGGAAACAUCUACUUGCAUAAUUGACAUUUACAUGACUUGUCCACUUUCAUGUACCUUUGUGUAUGAUUAGUUUGGUGUUCAGGUUGCUUUUCCUGCAGGCAUAGUCAAUACAAAGUCUGCUCUUCUUUAUCCACUUUAUUACUUUGUUUGCCAGUCACACAUAAGUCAUAACUAUAAUGACACAGGACUUUUGGACCUUUUAUUGCUCCGUCAGAUACAUAGUUUGAAAUAUAAACACACAGGUGUGUUUUAUGGGUUAGAUGGGAUAGGUUGCAGUUAAUCAUAGUUCCGGGUAUUAUUACAUAGGCUCUUUCAAUGUAGUUUUUCACUGUCAGCAGCUAUCAUCGCACUACCCAAUUGAUAAAAAUAAAUAAAUGCCAGCGGGCAAUCGUUUUCCUAGCUCUUAAAAUGAGAUUAAGCACUCAGGUCAGGCCAUCAUCCCGCCCUUUAUGUGAAUGGACUAAUGGUGUAUAGAGAUGCCUUGUGGUAAAAAAAAUAUAUACACUCACCAGACACUUUAUUAGGUACACCUAUUUAAUUGCUUGUUAACACUAUUAGAUAAUCAGCCAAUCACAUGGCAGUAAUUGCAUUCAGAUACUGUAUGAAGAUGUGGUCAGGAUGACUUGCAGAGUUCAAAUUGAGCAUCAAAAUGGGAAAGGAAGGGGAUUUAUGUGGCUUUAACGUGGCAUGGUUGUUGGUGCCAGAUGGGCUGGUCUGAGUAUUUCAAAAACUACUGAUCUGCUGGGAUUUUCAGGAACAACCAUCUCUAGGGUUUACAGAGAAUGAUCGAAAACAUAAAAAUAUCCAUUGUGCAACUGUUGUGUUGAUAAAAAAUGCCUCGUUGAUGUUGGAGGUCAGAAGAGAAUGGGCAGACUGGCUUGCGAUGAUAGAAAGGCAACAGUAAGUCAAAUAAUCAAUCAUUACAACCAAGGUAUGCUACAUUUGAUCUCUGAACUCACAAUACAUUGAACCUUGAAGCAGAUAAGCUACAGCAGCAGCAGACCACACCAGGUACCAUUCCUGUCAGCUAAAGAACAUUGGACAAAAGAAGAUUGGAAAAUUGUUGCCUGGUCUGAUAGGUCUGAAUUUGAGGUCAGAGUUUGGCAUGAACAACUUGAAAUCAUGGAUCCAUCCUGCCUUAUAUCAACAGUUCGGCUGGUGCUGGUGGUGCAAUGUUGUAGGCGAUACUUUUUUAGCACACCUUUGGUCCCUUAGUACCAAUUUAGUAUUGUUUUAAUGCCACAGCGUAUUCGGGUAUUGUUGCUGACUAUGUCCAUCCAUUUAUGACCACAGUGAACCCAUUUUCUGAUUGAUACUUCCAGCAGGACAAUGCAGCAUGUUACAAAGUUCAGAACAUCUUAAACUGAUUUCUUAAACAUGACAAUGAGUUCAUUGUACUCCAGUGGCCUCCACAGUCACUGAUCUCAAUCCAAUAGAGCAUCUUUGGGAUGUGGUGAAAAGGGAGAUUUGCAUCAGGGAGAUUUGCAUCAUGGAUGUGUGAUGCUGUAGUGUUCAUAUAGGAAAAAAAAUUCUAAGGAAGUUCUGAAGGCAAAAGGGUGUCCAACCCAGUACCAGCAAGAUGUACCUAAUAAAGUGAGUGUAUAUAAGAGUAGCACCAACUCCUUGCUGGGCUAGAGGAAAGAACAGCUUAUGCCAGGAACUGGGAGUAGGGUUAUCAUGUCCAAAAGGCCAAGACUAACAACAACAGCAGCUACUUCAGCUACUUAAUGUUCAAUGUGUGGAAGAAUCAAAACACUCUGUAUCUCAAAUUUCAGGUCGUGCCUUUUUUUAUGUGUCUGUAAUUAAGGCUGGGUGAUAAAAAGAUAACGAUAUGAAAAUUAAUUUCCCUCGAUAUCAAUUUAAAACAUGGUCAAUAUGCUUUUUGAUAGUCGUCAUUCUGCCAUGUUUUGAUAGACUUUACAUAUAGCCAAUGAAAAUGGGAGUUGCUUCGGGUCCACAACGCGCUAAACCAAUCAUGUGCUGGAUAAGAACCAAGUAGCAGCAGUGUAGUAGCAGGCUGCAGCUACAUGCAACCAUAGCACUUUAACACGUGACACCGACAGCUCUGUCAGUGAGAAAAAAGGAAAAUGAGUGCUACCCAUGACAGAAAUGCAGAUAAAGGCUCAACAGAUGAUGACCUCGUCGACAACACUGGCACGGAAACGUCAGUGGUGUGGAGGUAUUUCGUUUUUUUUGGGGUCAGACAUGAGGCAGAGUAAUGUGCUCUGCAAAGUAUGUCAAGUACAUGAUCUCGCAAAGUUGGGGAAUACCUUAAAUCUUUUUUUCACCACCUGAAGCAGUCCCACACGGCAGAGCAUGCGCAAUGCAAAAGGUUACAAACCCGAGCGGAGCAGGGAAACCAUGGCGCCUGUGCAGCCGAAUCAGCCAACCGUUCAGUCCGCUUUCUCUAGCCUUACAACAAAACAUCUAAGAGACACAAAGACCUCACAGAUGCAGUAGCUUAUUGUAUUGCAAAAGACAUGCUUCCAAUAAACACUGUUAAAUUUCACUUUUUAUAUUGUGAUAUAUAUCGAUAUCGACUGAUAUGAAAAAAAUAUAUUGUGAUAAACUUUUUCCCAUGUCGCCCAGCCGUACCUGUAAUAAUAGUAGUUACAAAUAUUAUUUAUAGAGCACCUUUCAAGCCAAGUUACAAAGUGCUUUAUGAGGGCAGCAAAUAUGACAAAGUGGACAUAAAACUAAGAAAAGAUCAAGAAAUAAAACAUGCAUUUAAAAAUAGAGGUUUAUGUAAGGUUAGGAAAGGAUGUAUGACAUAUUUGUGUGUACCAAUCUUUGAGCCACCAUUCUUGACAACACUGUAUGAUGUACAGCAGGUUUGUUGUGUUAUUGCAGCGUUUUAACACAACCUUACAGAGAGAGAUGGGAAAUGAUAAGAUGAUCAAAUCCUUUAUCGAUUCCCCUCUCAUUUCCUGAGAAUUGUCUUUUUACAAAUGACAGAUUCUAUGUGGGUCAGCAUGACCAGUUUUAAAACAAGUUUUAUCACAAUCCCUGCUCUGCUGAGACAGGACAGCCUGGCUUCUGAUUGGACCGUUAUGGACUUGCAGAUUGCCGAUAUGGCCUCUGUUUGGUCAGCAGACCGAAUUCAAGAUGGCAACCAAGCAUAGCCAGAUAAUAAGACUAUUUCACUAAAACUAAUGCUUAACUAUCACAGAUUACUUUUGUUUUUGAGAGGUAGACAGCCUCUGCAAAUACACAAACCGGAUUAGAGCUGGGUCAUUAAAAGGAUUUUAAUUUCCAUUACAAUGUAGCCCUCCCACGAAAAUAAAAAUAUGAAUUGAAUGAGUGUGACUCCUCCCCUCAAACAUCUCUCCCUUUCACUUCGACAUGGGCAUUUCAGAAUGAUGUGAAGCAGAGUUUGGGAACACAAGGAUGUCCCACAAGGUAGACCGCUGAACCUUUAACACACUGUGCAACAGCAGUAAGAAUUAUCGUGCAGCUGCAGGUGGAGAGAGAAGGGCCAGGAGAGGAACAACAGGAGGCUGUGUGAGACAGAGAAAGCAUGUGGAGGGAGAGACUGCUGCGAUCACAAGUGUGCUGACAAGCCUUCUACUAGUAAAACAUCUUCAAUGACUACUUGGCUAAAAUGUGAAAGGCAUUGUUGGAAUCAUAACCAAGUACAAGUCCAUGUCUUAAUGUUAUAAGGUUGAUAUAUAAAAACUUGAAAAGACUGAAUGGUUUGUUAAACAUGCAGUUUUUGAUUAAAGUUAAGCAGAAAAAGUGCUCCUUUUUUAUAAUGGAAUGUAAAAAUAUUUUUAUACGAGUAAAAUUUGACAUUGAGUGGUUAUGAGCAAAAUUAUUAGUUAGUAACAUGGUUAAACAGACAUGCUUUAAACUUGCUUUUGUAAACAAAAAAGGUGGGCAAAACAGUUUAUUUUUCAAAGAAUUUUGAGUUAAAUUUUUAAAGAGACUGGUAGCAUCACAGUGAACUUAUUUAUCCGUUAAAAUUACGAUAGGGGAUCAAAUGGGGUUUGUCAUUCAAACAGCAAAAGUCACGCUUGACCUUAAGAAUGAGUCAGUAGGAAGUUGUGAUUUACCGAGAAGUAGGUCUCUAAGUUACUAAAGAUUAGGGAUGUCCCGAUCUGAAAUGGAUAUCAGCAAAAAAAAAAAAAAUAAAUAUUGGAUUAUAUCGGCCUGCAUCUAAAAUCUCAGACAUCCGCACUCUGAUACAAGUAGUCCAUUCCAGACUCCGCUCAAGCACCUUUAGUUUGCAGCACCCUGAUCCAGCAUGCAGAGCCCACGUUAUCACAUCAACAGUGUGUACUCAGGUACUAACAAAGAAACAAGGAGUAGAAGUGAUGUUGGCUGUGUGGCAGUACUUUUCAUUUAAGUCCAAAAAAAGACGUUGCAGCUGAGUGAAAAACUUGUCAUGCCCAAUUUUGUGCCAAUAUCAUAUCAAUAUCGAUAUCAGCCUGUACUAAAGUCCACAAUAUCAGUAUUGUAUCGGAAGUAAAAAAAUUGUUUAUGGACACCACUAUUAAAGGUGGAGUAAAAUGUUUGUGGAGCAGAGUGUAUCCUAUGUGAAAAAAAGUGAUAGAGGAGGCAAUGAAGCUCCUUUCCUUGUAGUUUGAAGGGUUCAAAUAGCUCUUGAUCAUGUCCGGCACCCAAGGACUUCUGGGUUAUUUGACUCAGCCUGUAGUCAAGUGAAGUCACAACCUCUGCACAGAGCACUCACAUGUAGAGUUUUAUUACCUCCACCAAGGAGGUUAUGUUUUCGGUAGCGUUGGUAAUUUGUUUGUUUGUCUGUUAGCAACUUUAUGGAGAAAGCUACAGACGGAUUGACCUGAAAUUUUCACCAGAGGUGCGUCUCAGCCCCAGGAGGAUCCCAUUAAAUUUUGGUGGUGAUCCGGACAAAAUUCUGGAUACUGUGAUCCAGAACACACAAAAAUAAGGGUGUCAUUGGAAUUUUAAAUGCUGGAAGAUAACCAAUGGGCGGCACAGUGGUGUAAAUGAACGGCACAGUGGUGUAGUGGUUAGCACUGUCGCCUCACAGCAAGCAGGUCCUGGGUUCGAAUCCGGGUCAGGGCAUUUCUUGUUUUAGGAACAUUAUGAACAGUGAACAUACCAGUUUAAACACAAAUAAAAGUUCAUAAAAGACACGUAACAGUAAAGUUUUGGUGUGAAUCACAAUAUAAGGGGGGACAUGAGCUGCUUGGCGGAGGUCUGCGCUCUCCGAGUGCUUUUCUAGUUAUCAAUAUUUGUUUAUUGUGGUACAAAAGCACCACAAAAUAUUAAAAAUUUUCUGCACGUCUGAAAACCUAUGCUACCUGGAGUGUAGAAAAAUGUGGGUUUUCCUGAAAGAAAUGUUCUAUUUCAUAGCAAUCCCAUGGGCAUGUCUAAUGACAUAAAUAUCUGACCCCAGUGUGUCAACAAUGGGGGCACCUUUGUUUGCGCUGUAGUCAGGUUGCUUUGUCUUGAAGGGGAUUUGCCAGAAUGGUUUUUCCACUGUAGGACAGGAUAUGGAGCUUAAAAAAAUCCCAUGGCACAUUUAAAACAAUGACUUUACUCUCACUGUCUGUUGCGUCAGUCAUGGUAAAAAGGCAGAGGUAGCCGUCUACGGCUCAUGUAAAAAUGAAUGCUGCUCUGUAGUCGUAAUAUUGUUAAUGCUCAUACUGUCAAAUGAGUAAAAGCACAAAAAAGUGAGUGUGUGACUAAAUGCUGUUGAAAAGCAGAAGGCAGAUGCAGAGAAAAAGCAAGAAAAUGAGACUCAAACUGUGUGGAAAAUUCUUUCAAUCUUGAGUUGAAUUGUCCGGAAAAACUUAACUUAGUCUUACAGAGAUUAGUGUCCAACACAGAAACAAUUUAAUAGAAUUAAGAAAGAUCAAAAGGAAAAGGUUAGUCCAUCUCAGAGGUUUUUAUGGUGACUGUUGGUAAGUCCAGUCUGGAAUAUGUGUCAACUGUUAAGGAGCAAUACUGGUGGACUACUCGAAGAAAGACGUUCAUCUGUGGACCCUUAUUGCUGUAGGAAGUAAUUGUUUUUCUAUAAAACAAGCAAUGACAGAAAGGGAACUGAAUGAGGUUAAGGAGGAACUUCCUCACAUAACACCUGCUGAUUGUACGAUUCUUUUUUAUGUUUCUUUUUAUUGUCCUUAGAUGGGUAGAUCAGAUGAAGGAAGACAGGAAUAGUGGAGAGUAGGGACAUGCAGUAAGUGGUUGAGAGUGGGAGACAAACCAGUGACUAUUGCCACUACUGUUGUCUCUGUGCAUAGGGUGCCCGCUUAAACCGCUAGGGCAACAGCGCCCCCUGAUAUUGCUGGCCUUACUACACUGAUGACAAAUUUUACUGUACACAGGUCAAUGACAUGACGCCUAAAUAUUUUGUCUGGCUGUAUUUUUUUUUUAAGUUAAAAAAGGUUUAAAUGCACAAAAAUAUACUUUCUAUAUGUAGUGUCUCUCUCAUAUAUGUAGUCACUUCAACUUUUCAAAAAUCAGGUCUUAUUUGUAAUUUUUCUGAACUUCAAAGUGUCAAUAUAUCAUGUGGUGCGACCAAUAAAAAAACAUUAAUUGUAUUAAAUAUAGUGAUGCACGAUAUGACAAAUUUCAACCGAUACCGAUAACCGAUAAUUUUCUUCUUCUCAUGGCCAAUACCGAUACCGAUAACCGAUAAAUUCAUAUUUUUACAUUUAUUAUAAUCUUCAUAUAAUCUGCAGUUUGUGCAGGAUGCAGCGAUUGAAAACUGAUCUUUUUGUUGCUCUGGCCUAUCUAGAACAACAAACAAAAGUUUUUGGCUCUUCAAAUGUGGUCAUUUGCUAUAAAUAACAAUAACAGAGCAAAAAGCAGAACUUCAUUUGAUCCCCUGAACUGUUCAACAGAACUGUAAACUGUAAAGGAGCUAUUAUGAGCCGUUAGGCUUAGCAUGCUGACCUGACUAACAUCUGACGUCCAUAUGUCUGUGGUAAAACUCACGUGUAGUCCAUUCUUGUCGAUCAGGUUGUGAAUGUAUGUGGCGACAAUAUCAUAGAGUGCAGGAAGAGACACAUCCGAGAAGAAGCGGCGGCUUGGGAGAGUGUAACGUGGCUCCAAGUGUGCUAUGAACUUACGAAAACCCGGGUUCUCAACGACGGAAAAAGGCUGGUCGUCGACCGCUAUGAACUCCAUCACUUUGUCAUUAAUGGCUUUAGCCUUUUCGCUGUCUCUUGAGAAGCUUUUGCAGUUCUUAAACGCCUGCUGAAUGGGGACAUCGAUCCUCCGUAGUGUUGUUGUCUUAGCUUUAGUACCGCUAGCAGCUUCGGCGGCUGUCUCAUAGUCCUUUAAUACUGCUCCGCCGCGAUGGCGACUUUUCAGAUGAGCUAUCAGAUUCGUUGUGUUAAAACUUGACGUCUUCAUUCCUCCUCUUGGAAUCCUCGCUGAACAGGUUUUGCAUAUAGCAAUGCUGUUGUCAUCUUCUGCCACUGAGAGAAACGACCAUGCUGGUGAAGACAUUUUAUUAUCUGUCAGGCAGUGACGGGGUCAGGCUUGGGACCUGCGAGUAAGGCUUGAUAGACGACGUGACCAGCGCGUCUCGGACGGGCGGCUACUCCGCCUGCAAACGUUACUCGUAAUUUCAUUAAUAUAUCGGAUCUUUCUAUCGGAAAAAUGCACCUAUCGGACCGAUAAAAAAUGACGUAAUUUCCCCCCAUAUCGGCCGAUAUUUUAUCGGUCCGAUAAAUAUCGUGCAUCCCUAAUUAAAUACAAACUAAAAUAUCUAAUUUCUGUAACUGAAACAUUAAUACCUGAUACAAUAUGCUUAAGUGAAAGGUAGUUUUAAAACAUUUUUAUCAAUAUUAUGCAAUUUAAAGAAAAAAUUAGUCAGUUAACUACAUUUAAUAUAGUGACCGUGACAUUAUAAAGCGAAAAUGUGGGAUCAUUAUUUACAAAAACUCAAACGCUUUGUUUCUAUCUACUUGAUAUUACUGACAAUUUGUAAAAAAAUAUUAAGUAUGUUGAAAAAAUGUAAUAAUUUUGAGAUAAAUUAUGGUCGCACCAGAUGACAUUUUUUAAGGCCACGGGCAAUUCAUCUGUAUGAAAAAACACUAAGGUUGUGUAAUUCAAAAAUUUAACAUUAAAUUUUGUAUACACAACAUCCUUAGUGUUUGAACUUUUGCAAAAUAUAUUCUUAUUUUUGCUAUUUUAAAAUUAGCAUGUUUAAAAACCUUAUACGUCAUUGACGCACAUAUCACAAAUUGAACAUAGGCUUAGGAUACACCCCACCUUCACCUAACCAGAUAAACUGCCUCUUUUAUUAUACUUAAGAGCAGCUCUGAGGUUAUCACCUUGGUGAUACAUUACCCAGCACAUUGUUUACCUUUGCUACCAUAGAGACUGCAGACAUGGCAAUUGUGCACUCUGGAUGAAGUCCCACCCCCCAUACCAGGGUUUCACCUGGAAAGAAGGGGGAUGUUUUAGAUACAUGUGGAAUUGUUUCCUUGUUACCUUCGAAGGUCGGCUGUUCAGUGGUCUAAGAAACCAUGUAAAACCGGAAUAUUGUUUUUAAUUUUUUUUACAUUACGAUAUUUAUUUAAUACUCUCUAAUACUUUUGGCUUGUGUCCCAUAGUUGGUUUGUGCCCCACUGAUUUUUGUUAUGUAUUCAGUAUAUCCUGAUGUUGGGAUAUCCCUUUUACUUUUCACUAAUGUGACUCAUGAUAAAUUUACAAAAGAAACUAAAUGCUUCAAUAGUGUGAUUUUUCUUUUUUCAUAUAUCACCAUCUUUUGAGUAUCUAGCUGUCAACAUUAUGUGAUGAUGGAGAGGUGCUCUUUUGCAGCAGGCAGGCUCAAUGUUGUAUGCAUAAAGUGUUUAUGAAUGAGGCCUGAUGGCUCAUAGCACAGGGGGUACACAACAUACAAGGGACGGGUUUAAAAACAAACAGUCAGAAGGUGUGGAGGAAACCUCAAGAUUCUCAGACACACCUAGGAGGGAGGCAGAGACGGUUAAAGACAGACUCAGAGGCAUCUGCAAUCCUUCUACCAUGGAUGUUUUGCAUUUUCUACAUCUUUGCUGUUGGUCAAAGUCUGUUUAAGAAAACAGCAUGAACCUCGUCCUAUGUGCUUCUCAGGUAAACCAUCUGUAAACAGUGGUGCAUAAAGGGAGUAGGCAGCAACAAAUCAUUCAGUUUGUGUGUGCACUAGGAGCUAACUACUGCCUUAUGAUUUUCAUAAGCACUUCUCUUUUCUAUUUUCAUCCACUCAGCAUCAAUUAUUAUACCAUGCAACAUUUUAAUAUUGUUCCUCUUGGACUGAUAUUAAGAUAAAAAGUAAGUCGUCACUGCUGUUGCAAUAACACAACAAAGAAAGACCUCAAGCUAUUUCACUAUGGACCAAGUAAUGAAAUUGGUUCAAAAUCUCUCUCACACAGCAAAAAAUCAGCCUUUUACACUUUUGGUUACACUCCAUCUCAGUUCAUUUGGUCUUUGUGGUAAAUUUUUAGGCGUUUUCUACAUUAAGACGUUGAUUGUUUUUUUUUCUCUUUGACACGUUUCCUUUGUUUUUUUUGUGUUGCUUUAACAUGGUGAACCUGUGUCUCUGUAAAGGUAUCCCAAAGAGUACAGUGUAAAUGUACUCAGAUUUUCUAGUCUUUUAGACCAUUCAAAGGGCUCUUACACAACUUACCACACUCACCUGUUUAUACCAUAUACACACACUGGUGGAGGACAGAUGGACCUCUUUUUUGUUUGGUGUCCUGCAACAACCUUUUGUUUUUUUUUUUUUCAAUUAAAAAAAAAAAAUGAUUGAUUGAUAUUCACAUAUUUUCACAGAAAGUUACAAGCCAUGUUGAUUGUGGCAGCAGCCUGAAAAAAAGAUGAAUGUAAACAGUGGCUGGUGUUGUCCUUAACUUAUUUACAUUUCAGCCAGACUAAGAAUAGCUAAGCUGGAUGUGUUAGUCAUUAUGAAAAUAAUCAUUACCUAAGCUAUCAAUUAGCCUUCUGUCUGGGACAUCAGUGGGGCUGAGUACCAUGUCAAAUGGAUCCAUUUUGAGUCCAUCUGUAAUUCUCAGUUCCAGUCUUGAUUCUGAAUCUAUUUUUGAACAAAUAUGAACUUGUCUGGUUUCAGUAAUUCUGUCAGCUGUUUCUGAUGAACCGCAAUGACACAUGAAAAAUAUCGAAAAGGCUUGUAUUUAUGAAUAUUUCUAUAAGUUACUUACUUAUUUCUAUUCAAUUCAAUUCAAUUCAGCUUUAUUUAUAUGGCACUUUUCGUGCAUGAGGAAAUGCAAUUCAAAGUGCCUCACAGAGGCCAAAAACAACAAUAAAGACAAAAACCCAACCCUUCCACCCACACAUACACCCAUGGACCCACGCGCACACAAAGACACACACCCACCCUCAAUCACCCACACAUACGCACACACACACAACCGCACACAAUGUGAGAAUUUACGAUAUAAGUUAAAGAGAUAUGGCCUGACACGAGACAUUACAUGAGGAACGAGCUACCUUUAGGAAACACUGGAGAUAAAAAUAAAGAUCAAAAUGGUGAAAAGAGUAAAACCUGAUGGACUUAAAUAAAAAAUAAUAGCUCAAUUAGGCUUUGUAUCUGAGUGUGACAAGAUGUUUCCACAGCUAGGAGCAGUUUUAUGGACAGUAAACUGCAGCAACUUCUGAAUUUGACCACAUCAGUGCUUCCUCAUUACAGUUGUGCUUCUUCCACUGGAUGAAAUAUCUUUGCCCCAUUUUUUGAACUCAACUGACCCUAACCUUUCUUGAGUAAAACGUAGCCAAACUUUCAUGUGUCGUGUAAGUCCACCCCUUCCUACAAUCUUUACACACUGCAUCAUCAUUAGUGAGGUAAAGACGCAUCCAUAGAAUAGCAUAAGGGCGGUUACAGUGUGUAUGUGGCACUUAGCUCAAUAGUUACUGUUUACAUGGUAACGUGACACCGUCUUCACACAUUGGCUAGCUACAAAGAGCCUCUGAUCCUUUCACAUUGCUGCACAAACAAACCAGAGCAGGUACAGGGACAGAGCAAGGGUGGAAUCUUGAUUCUUGGUCAUUCAGGUUCGACUAGUUCUUCAGAUAGAAGGGGACAAGUGAUCUUGUUAUACACACACUGAAACACAAACUUAGAGACACACAAACACACAUCAUCUUACAUAAUUAAUGAGCUUAUUACUUUCAUAUUGCCUCCCUGUUAAAUAUCUUACACACUCUUACGCUGCAUGCAUAUUUCUCUGUGGCGAUUUUCAGGCUCUUUGCAACUGAUUCAGAUUUAAGGUACCAACAGUGUAGCACUGGUGCAGUAAUGGAGGAAUCGGACUCAUAUUUUGGUUGUGUUGAACACUAUUAAGCUCUGUCCCAUUAUACAUCCUGUCAGUGCCUAUCCACUCACCUUGUGGAAAAGAGCUAUAACCAAAGGAUGCUUUUAUUACCUCCGCCAAGGAGGUUAUGUUUUAGGUAGCAUUGGUUUGUUGGUUGGUUUGUUUGUUUGUUUGUUUGUUUGUUAGCAACUUUACAGAGAAAGUUACAGACGGAUUGACCUGGAAUUUUCACCAGAGGUGCGUCUCAGCCCCAGGAGGAUCCAAUUACAUUUUGGUGGUGAUCCAGAUCGCCUUCUGGAUCCAGGAAUUUUUUUGAAGGAUUUUUUAUCAUUGUGAGAUAGGGCAAAUUUUGGAAUUUUUGCAUGUAACUCUAUAAAAAUGGCCAGAGUCUUUAGUAAGAAAUUACACAAAAGGAUCUAAAUGAGUUUUAUGAGGUGUCAAAGGUUGAUCCUGAUCCAGACAAAAUUCCGGAUACUGUGAUCCAGAACACACAAAAAUAUGAGUGUCGUUGGAAUUUUCAAUGCUGAAAGAUAACCAAUGGGCGGCACAGUGGUGUAGAUGGGCGGCACAGUGGUGUAGUGGUUAGCACUGUCGCCUCACAGCAAGAAGGUCCUGGGUUUGAAUCUGGGUCAGGGCAUUUCAUGUUUUAGGAACAUUAUGAACAGUGAACAUACCAGUUUAAACACAAAUAAAAGUUCAUAAAAGACACGUAACAGUAAAAGUUUUGGUGUGAAUCACAAUAUAAGGGGGGACAUGAGCUGCUUGGCGGAGGUCUGCGCUCUCUGAGUGCUUUUCUAGUUGGUUUUCAAUUACAUUUAAUAUUUUACAGAUAUUAUGUCAACUUCGAGGCAGUAGUCCUCUGGUAAGCUAGCAAUAACAUAUGUGAUAUCAUCAUAAAACUGAGCCUGAUAAUGCCACACAAACACGGUUAAGUGAAAUUACUCACCAUUAUUUUUUGUAGUGUCAUAAGAAGUAAAACAUAGGCUACUAGACUGUUUGCUUAGUAGGGAGUGAUGAAGGGAGGGCAGAAAAAAAGUGAAGAAAGAGAAAACAGUAGUUUUGCAGGUAGGCCUGUCACAAUAACAAAUUUUGCUGGACGAUAAUUGUGCUACAAAUUAUUGCCGAUACACGAUAUUAUUGACACCGUUUUUUAAAUUAUAGAUAAUGAUAUUAAAUGGCAUAAUAAUGCGAGUACACCGUGUCAAAAGUGAUAAACUUUAAUUUCACCCACGACGAGCUAAACAUAAGUCGGAGAUGACUAAAAUGUGACGAGACGAAAGUGCGUUUACGUUCAUGGGACGAGACGAAAAUGACGAACAGAGUUGCAAAACUCAGUCAGUUAAACGCUAAACAUAUAAGAGCAGCUUCAGUCCGCUCUGACAGCUCUCAUCAGCCUGCUGUGCUCCUCCAACACACAGACACACACGCACGCGCGCGCACACACACGUGGAGUUUUGUGGUUGACGAAAACAAAAGUGGUUUAAAGCCGAAAUAUUCCCACACUUGGGCUGUUGUGUUCGGUUUAGACACCAAAGCUGUCGUGUUCAUUCUGUUAGCUUGCGUUUCACUCACGACGCUCACGUGCAGCACUGUAUCCAAAAAGUCUGUGUCUGUGUGCCUGUGCGCGCCAGCCCCCUUGUGACAAAGACACUGAAUGACUGACAGGAGGGCUCACUAACUCCGUUCAUUCCGCUAUAGAGCCAACGCCCCCAGGUGCCGAGAAAAAUGCGCAGAGUGAGACCUCUUCUCUCAUCCAGCGUGUUUGGUAGCGAGAGAGGAGGAAAACAAACGCACGUCAAUUAUCGAGGCUGGCAAAAUGACCGACCUCGUUUUUAUUUACCAAGCGAUAAGGCGACUUAUUGAUUAUCGCGACAGACCUAUUUGCAGGAAAACCCAGGUCUAUGUUUAGAGAAGAUUAUCAGCCAACACAGAGACGCAAUUGUUUUGCAACAAAAGAUAAAGUAAUAAAGACUGUAACCAGGAUGGCACCAAAUCUGUCUGCUAAAAAUUGUUAAAUUCUCAUUUCUCUACACUGUAGAGAUUUUUUUUUUUUCCUUUAUGAAGACCGAACAGAGGCAGUACUUAAAGGGAUAUUACAGUGUACGUCAAAGUCAUGUUGCUCUUUUUUUGUGCCUCAUGGGCAGGGUGGCACAUCAUAAGUCAGGUUUAUGAAGGAUUUCCAAUAUAAACAAAGUAUUGAAAGAUGUCUGAUCGUCUUAUUACCACUCAACAGUAAUGGCAGAAACUUCUGUGUAAAGCACUAUUACCUUAUAGCCAGAGGUGGGGGCUUGACGACUCGACUUGAGACUCGACUUGGACUUGAGUCACAUUUUUGACUUGCUUGAUGAAAUCAAGAUGACUUGGACUUGCUUGGGACUUGAUUGCUAAAGACUUGAGACUUGACUUGACUUGAGCCCAGUGACUUGAAAAGUCUUUUCAAGUCUGUUCAAGUCACUUAAUACCUUACAGCAGGGGUGGCCAACCAUGUGCCAUGGAGAGCCGAGUGGCUGCAGGUUUUCUUUCCAACCCAAAACACCACCAGGUGAUUUCACUGAUUACCUUACCUCCAAGCAGAGAGCAGGGACUAAACAGUGAAAUCACCUGGUGGUGUUUUGGGUUGGAAAGAAAACCUGCAGCCACUCUGCUCUCCAUGGCACAUGGUCGGCCACUCCUGCCUUACAGCAAGCCCAAACCGUUUAAAAAGUGUCGCAUCAACUAAUAGUCAGGAAUUACAGCCGUCGGUAACACCGUGUUGUGUUGCCAAGUCUGCUUAUUUCCCGCAUAAAAAAAUCGCUUGUUUUUGGCUUGUUUCUGGAGGUCUGUUUCCUUAUUUCUCUCACACCGGGAGGACUGAACAUAAAUCGCUCGCUAGUAUUGCCCGCCUGUUUCCACGUGUUGCCUUGUGUCUCUCUUUUGUUUUGGAACAGUGAAUUAGAGUAUCAGUUUAAUGUUUAAUUGUAUUUGAGUCUUCCUUAUUUUUGUGCACAUUGUCUAAGUUUCCAAUUAUUGAAGUUUAUCUGAUUAUUUUUUGUAUGACAUGUAAAAUAGUUUGGUUAAAGCUGCACUAUAUAACUUAACACAAACAAGAACCCUUGUUUAAUAAUAAAUGCAAAUAGUGAAAAAUGCUCAUGAUUUAUGUAAAUCUUUACAUAUAACAAAUGGUUUAUGGCUUUGAUAUGACUUGUUUUUGACUUGAAAGAAACGGUAAGGACUUGGACUUGACUUGAGACUUGAGAGCAAAGGACUUGGACUUGCCUCAGACUUGAGAAUGAAGACUUGAGACUCGACUUGGACUUGAACAUAAGGACUUUCCCCCACCUCUGCUUAUAGCUAAUCCCAUUCACAAAUGCAGGUGCAGCCAGCGGGGCCAGGUUAGGGUCAAGUCUUAACCUUCCAAUUGGGGACAACCAAGUCUACCACUGAGCUACAACCACCCCUUGAUAAUGCAUUUGUUUCUCUUGAAUUGGAGUUUUGGUAGAACAUCUGCAUCACGUGUAUUUAUUGAACUGAAAGGCUCUUUUUACUCUUCAACAUCUCUAACACUCUGAGGAAAAUUAAAUGAACAUAAAGAGGUAAAAAAUAAAUGAAUAAAAUAAAAUAAAUGGAUUAAAAUUAAAAUAAGUUUCAUCUUUCUUCUGUUUGUUUGUUUACCAAAGCCUGUUUGUCAUGUUUUCUAUCUUUCCUGCUUUUCAAACUUACCAAAUCAUACAGCAGUAAUACAAAUACUAAGUAUCACAUGUAACCAUACUGACAGGGAUCAUGUACUGCAUCAAUACUACACUUUUAAAACUUUCUCAAGUUUUUGAUGAUAAAUUACAUAAUCAACUCACUGCAAGGGCCUCAGGGGUGGCUUUACACACCAGCAGCAGCACCAGUUCCACUUCUAUCUUUGCCCUCUCCUAGCACAGACUAACUGUGGUUUCUAUGUUGUGACAGUGCCAGGCUGUAUUGCUCUGUUUUCUUUCUCUGUCAGCUGGAACAGAGCUUUCCUCUACUCUUAAUGUUUUUUUUUCAUGCUGUGAAAAAGGACUGGUCAUCAAUCUAAAGUGUCCCUGAAUCUUGACCGAAAGUUCUUCAACUGAAAUUCAUAAAUAAGCAAAACAUUGAGACGAUUCUUCUGAGCCAUGAUGACAUUAUCAACAGAAGAGAGGAUAGACUGGAGGUUUGAUAGUCUAGAUUGGUGAUUUACAGCUAUUAGAGAGCUCAUGAAAUAAGAAUAUGUUGUUGAGGUUAAUUUUGUCCUCACAAAGCAAAGGAAAUUAAAUUCCACAUGUUAAUGUGUAUGUUAGGCAGGCCACCUAUUGUUUCAAUAAGGCCUGACAGGUGUACACAGGCACUCCUGGAUUGACAAUAACCACAAAUGAAAGCCGAGUUCUUAUGACCUUUCUCCUGCUUUUCAUGUUUACUUAACAACCAGCAACUGACCUGACAUUCAUCUCAUUUUACAGCUUUACACUUAUACAGUGGUGUAAAAGAUGAGUCAGACUAAAACCAAAUCACUGUAAAGCAGAGUUCAAAGCAAUAAAGUGAACCUACUGGUUUAAAAACGGGUUAGAAAAACAGGGACAAGAGAUGUGAUGUGAGAAACCCACAUGUAUAUAUCGCAUGUCUGUAUCUAAAUUGUUUGAGAAUUUUUUUCUUAAUAUAUAUAUAUAUAUAUAUAUUUUUUUUUUUAAACAGACUCUGAGAGAAAGAAGAACUGCGAGUGAACAGACAUCUGACAAGGACGCCCUGCUUGACCGCUGCAGUACUGUGGACCUUGACAAGGUAUGUGUGUGUGGUUGUUGUGGUGAUAAGGGAUAAAAGAGGGAUGAAUGGUCUUCAGGUUAUUAACCCUGCUUCAUUCUGGGAAAAAAAGUCCCUUGUACCUCAUUGAUUAAUCUUGUCCAUGUCUGGGUCUUGAUCAAAACAAAAACACUAAAUCAGCCAGUCAAUCAUUCAGUCAACAAUUUAAGAUGUUCUGCUCUCCAACUAGAGUGUUUCAUUAGGUCUGAUCCAGGCUACAUGUUAGACAGAGCUGAGUUUGAGGGUUGCUUCACACCUGUGGUUCUCUACUGUUUGGAUGGGACUGAAAAAGGGGGCCCCAGAGCUAAAGUAUUUUCAGUGGGUCCGGCAUGUAUGAGAAAGUUUUUCUUUUUUUUUGAGUCAAACUCAGGCCUUGAUUUUCAGGACUGAAAGGGUGGGGGGUGUCAUGCUUUUCCACAUUUACAACAAAAACUGCACAGUUACAAAGUUUGGUGUCCAUUCUACAUGUUUCCAAAGUUUAAAAUCGUAAGGCAAACGUAUUUGGUCAUGACCUGAGAGAAUAGAUGUAAACUGCUCAAAUCUCAGACAAACACAAAAACGCGAUUAGAUUAGGUUAUAGAUUUUAUUUCGGUCAUAAUACAAAACAAACAGAAAAGAACAAGGCAGGUAAGACAUAUAUAUAUAUUUACAUAUCUAUAUAUAUAUAUGUACGGUUUACAUCGUUGUUUGACCGAAAAGGUUUAGGGCUGAAGCCAAAGCUUAUUUUGCCCACCUUUACCACACCGCUGUAUGACUAUGGAAAAAACAUGAUACAAAAGUCAAACCAAAGACAUCAAUACAGUUAGAGCAUAACAAAGGGAGUCACUUUUUUUUUCUCUCUUUUCCCUUCUUCUUUUCCCUUUUCCCUUUCCUUUCCCCCUUUAGUUUCUUUCAGUCUCUCACUUACUAUUCCUUUUAUAUCUUUUUUUUCCCUUUUUCCCCCCUUCCCUUUUAUUUUUCCCCUUUUUCUUUUUCCUUUUUUCUACCUUUCCCUUUCCUCCCUUUUUCCUUCCAGUUUUUCAUCCUUUUUCUUUAUUCUUCUCCUUUAUGAGGGUGCUAAGAAUAGUACUAAGAAUAAAUAGUAAACAUAAAUAGAUUACAAAAAACAAAACAAACAAAACUAAUAAAUCAAUUGAUUAAUUAAUUAAUUAAUUGAUAAGAAAUAAAAAAUAAAGAAAUAAUUUUUAAAAAGUUUAGUUUAGUUGUGAGUUUUGUACGGUUAGUGCGAUACCGUAGUUCAUGUGCAAGAUUUGCUUAAACCUGACGUAAGAAUUAAAGACUCUCCUUACUGGUUCAUCUGUGCUUCUGGCGAAGCAGAAUAGCCUGCCUCCCGAGCAGCGUGUGAAGUCACACCCACAGCAGAGGCGAGCGGGGCCUGAACAACGAGCUCUGCCCUCUACCGGCUUCUGGAAAGCCUCUGGAGAGCCGGCCAAUCAGAAGAAAGUAGGCUUGUGGAGGAGAGGCCUUAAAGAGACAGCAGCCAAAACAAAGCGUUGUAGACAGAGGCUAAAAUAGUGAUAUUUUAAUACACCACUGUGAUCUGAUAAUCACAUUAUUAGAGGGGUAUCAGAAAGGAAAUAUAGAGUCUGAAAAAAAUGCAUGAUAACCCCCCUUUAACUUAAAUGUUAACACUGAUUGUACCAACUUGGACUUGGACUAACAUCUUUGGCUACACAUGAACUCAGAGGAUGGAAAUGAAAUUUCAGCAUUAAUUUAGUGAUAUGCAUGGUUCUGUUGUAUUAGUUGGGUUUUUUUUGUGUUUUUUUUUGUAAAAGGCCUGACAGUCCUACUCCAAUUGUUGUUUUAUUUUAUUAUCAUUUAAAGUGUUCUCAGUGGUCUUUAAAUUGUGAUUAUGAAGUUUUUAGCCAAAAUCCCCUUACCUGUGUCAUUUUCAAGGGCUUUUCUCUUGCAGAGCUCCAGGAGCUCAUUAGCAUUUACCUCUCAGUCGUGGGCGGAGACAACGCUGUUCUGCACACUCCUCUUCACGCUAGCUUGUAGCCCAACAUUGUCGGUGUAGUAGAAGUAGCAGGUAACAUAGGAGCUAUUCAGCUCUCGGACACAAAUGUCUUUGGGGACAUGAUGAAAGUUAAUAUCAUAAUUAGCUUCCUUGCAAUCCGCUAAUGCGCACACUUGUCCCGCAAUCGUCCUCUCUACUUCUUGGGCUCAUGCCUGCAGAGCAGGGCACCAGGGACAGAGUAUGAACUUGUGAUGUAGAAAAUCCUACUGUGUCUAAACCUGCUGUUUGGGUCUGCCAGAGGUUCACAAUGAUUUGAAUGCAGAAAUAUUUAGAAAUACAAUUUUUGUAUCAGAAAAAUGCCAUAUGAACAUGUAGACAACAAGAAAAACACGAUUUUCAUGGGAGUGGGUCUUGAAUAAUCUAUUUACUGUCAAGUCAGGCUGGCAUUCACAUUUCUUGUUCAGGAAUAGUUCCUGCAGUAUUGGGGACUUGACUCAGACUCAGAUUUGGACUUAGGUAAUGGGGACUUGACAAUUAACGUUUUUUCGGUGACCCAGACUUAAACUCUGAGUGCUUGAAACUCAACUCAGACUUCAGGUGUGGGGACUUGACUACAACACUGUACCCCUCAUGAAACUCUGGUCAUUAAGGGUAUGGUGGUAGGUGCAGGGGUGAGGAGUGGGAGUUAUUUCUCUACGUCAUAAACCAUAAUAAUAUGGCAAAGAGAGAAAGUGACUCCUGUGUAGAGGUCCCUGCAUGACAUGUGACCUGGAGUGACUGUCGUUAUCGACAGGUAUUCAUAAUUCAGAAACUAUUUUCAGUAUAUGAAACAAUUUUUGUUUACUAUUUACUAUUUUCAGUAAAUACUAUUUAUAUAAUAAUAAUAAUAAUAAUAAUAAUAGUAAAUUUUAUUUAAAAUCGCCUUUCUGGACACCCAAGGACACUGUACAGGGCAUUAAAAAAACAGUUAAAACACAGUUAAAAUAAAUAAAAACAACAUACAGGUAUGAAGAUGGACAGUUAAAGGGAAUAUGCAAUUUGGAACAGAUGUGUUUUGAGUUUGGAUUUAAAGUGGGGUAGUGAGUCCGUGUUUCUGAGAUCCGGGGGGGAGAGAGUUCCAGAGUUUGGGGGCAGAGCGACUGAAAGCCCUGCUCCCCAUGGUGCUGAGCCGGGCAGAGGGGACAGAAAGGUGGAGGGAGGAGGAGGAUCUGAGGGAGUGUGAGGGGCAGGCGAUGUGGAGGAGCUCGAAGAGGUAAGGGGGGGCAAGGUUAUGAAAGGCCUUGAAAGUGUACAGUAUGAUUUUAUAAUGGAUUCUGGACCAGAUAGGAAGCCAGUGAAGCUGCUGAAGGACAGGGGUGAUGUGGUGAAAGGAGGGGGUUCUGGUGAUGAUAUGGGCUGCAGAGUUUUGGACAAGUUGAAGUUUAUGGAGGGAUUUGUGAGGGGCACCGAGGAGGAGUGAGUCGCAAUAGUCAAUACGGGAGGUGACAAGACUGUGGACCUGUAUAGCUGUGGUGUGAGGAGUGAGUGACGGGCGGAGAUGGUUGAUGUUUCGUAGGUGGAAGUAUGCAGACCGGGUGAUGUUACUGAUGUGAGAGUGGAAAGAUAGUGAGCUGUCGAGGAUGACACCCAGACUCUUAACCUGAGGGGAAGGGGACACUGUGGAGUUGUCUAUGGAGAGGGAGAAACUGUCAGUUUUGGAGAGAGUGGACUUGGUACCGACCAGGAGGAGUUCUGUUUUAUCUGAGUUGAGUUUGAGGAAGUUUGAGGUGAACCAGGAUUUAAUUUCUGAGAGGCAGUGGGUGAGGGAGGAGGGUGGAAGAGAGGCGUCGGGUUUGCUGGAGAGGUAGAGCUGGGUGUCAUCCACGAAGCAAUGAAAGUAGAUACUAAAUUUGCGGAAGAUGCUGCCAAGGGGAAGGAGAUAGAUAAUUAAGAGGAGGGGCCCCAGGACAGAACCCUGGGGCACACCUGAAGUGACGGGGGAGGGCUGUGAGGUGAAGGAUUUGAGUUGGAUGAACUGAGUGCGGCCAGUGAGGUAUGAGUGAAACCAGAGAAGGGGGAUGUGUGUGUGUGUACUAAUUCUCUCUCGCCUUUCCCCUAUCUUGCUGUCUCUCUCCCUCCCCCUGUCCUCUCCCCCUCUCCCCUCUUCUCUCUACAUUCCUCCCCAACCCAGCAGCGGCAUGGUGGCUGUCUAGCAUGAGUCUGGUCCUGCCCAAGGUUUCUGCCUGUUAAAAGGAAGUUUUUCCUUGCCACUGCUACUCAUGUUAGUUGAGAUGGGCCAAAACCCAUCUUAGGUUGGUUCUUGAUCAUCAAACAAUGAGCGUGGUCUCGACCUGCUCUUGUUCUUUGGAAAGCGUCUUGAGAUGACGACUGUUGUGAAUUGGCGCUAUAUAAAUAAAAUUUGAUUUGAUUUGAUUUGAUUUGAUGUGAGAGAUGCCUAUGGAGGAGAGUCUAUGGAGGAGGAUGGGAUGAGAGAUGGUAUCGAAGGCCGCUCUCAGGUCAAGGAGGAUGAGGAUGGAGAUUAAACCGGAGUCAGCUGCCAUGAGGAGGUCAUUGAUGAUCUUGAUGAGGGCUGUUUCAGUGCUAUGGAAGGGACAGAAACCGGACUGGAACUGUUCAUAGAGGCUAUUGUGGGUGAGAUGGGUGUGGAGUUGUAAACAGUAACCUGUAAACCAACAUGCAAGCUGAUCUAACAGCUGGCAGUGUGGAUUGUGCCUUUUAAAUGUGCAAACUAACACGUCUUGUCCAUUUAGCAUGUUUGCCUUCAUGAAUAUGGGAGUGUACGUACCCUGGCUUGCAAGAUGCUGGGAGGAGAAAAUUAAAUUUAGCAACCCAGGUGCCCUAUGUUACGCACAGAUGGCUGCUAUUAAUGUGGCAAGGAGAGGACAGGAUAACUUCUGAUUACCAUUGUUUUUUUAAAGCAAUUUCUUAUGAUUUCUUUGGGUCAUUUUUAUUUAAUCUCUCUUCAAUAAUCUUUAACAGAGAAAAAAACAGUGAUUAAACACAUCUGGGCCUAUAGUCACAGUUCACAGCCACUGUAGCCUAUAGAAAGUUAAGAUGGACGCCAAUAUUUUUUUCCUCCUUCAUAAGAUACACGUCCUUCCCCCAUAGGUGCUCGUAUAAGGUUGACCUGCUGUGUGUGGGACAGUGGCCAGAGCACCCACGUGCCACAGAGGACCCAGUGUGCACCUCUUGCACAAUAGAUAAACACCGUCAUCAAGAGCUGAACAUUUUUAGCUUUGCCACUUGAUUUAGGGCGAUUUACGUGUGGGUGCUGAGGUUUUAUUUUAAGACAAUUUUUUAUUAUUUUUUUUUCACCCUUUGUUCUUUUCAUUUUACAUUUCUUUUCUCACUCAUAUCACAUUCCCUGUAACCAUAUUCAGAGGAGCUUUGUUUUAGCUCAAAUAGUUUUUCUUCUUUCUCUAAUACCUGAACUUGGGCUAAAUUUAAUUUUCCUCCUACUGCCAGUCUACUUCCUGUCCAAGCUCCCUAUCAUGUAAACAAGGUCAACAAGCAAAACUUUAUGUCAGUUCCACCAUCUCCACAGUCAGAUUUGGGUUUUAAAACACAUGACUGUAUUUCAUAAUCUGUAACUUCAGAUAAACACUCCUUAGUGGCGUGGCAGGAGGUAACUGAGGAGCUGGGAGAGGGUGGGGCUCAUACAGAGUCAGAGGUUAUGAGUUUUUAAAGCCACAAUCCUCAGAUGAGUGAAGGAUUCCUUGAGCUGUAAAUCAUGGAAAACUACAAAGCUGUCAUAGUGCCCGUUCCUUAAAAUAAAAAGCAACAUCUAUUUGCAUGUCUCUAAUAAUAAUAAAAAUAUCUAGAAAUGAAGGUUUCUGUUUAAAUAAUUCAUGCAUGAAAGAGUUUAGCAAGCCAUAGACAGAGGAAGAAGCUAUGCCAGUUAUGCAGUUGAACAGCCUUUCAUUUACACCAGCUACUGAGUUUGGUCACUGUUGAAUACCUGAAAUGACUCUUCAGUACCUCCACAAAGGUUUUUUCUUUUUUUUUUCCUUUUUUUAUCUCAUUGAUGACUGAUGGAGUUAAUUUUGCGUUUCACAAACACAUAUGUAGUUGAAGGUAGAGAAUUUAACAUUUCAGUUAUCAAACUCAGAUCUGGGCUGGCUCAGGAGUUUGAUCCCAGGUUCUGCUCUCCACAUGCUGAAGUGUCUGCCAGCAUUGACUACACCACCAGUAUGUGAACAGGAUAAGUUCAUACUGAUAGGUACUUUUUUAAGCAGUCUCUGCCAUGGAUAUGUGAAUGUGUCAUUUCAUGUAAAAGUGCUUUGAGCGGUCAGAGGACUAGAGAAAGUGCAGUGUAAACAGUCCAUUUGCCUUUCUCUUCGAAAACAUGUCAUGAAAUAUCAGGUCGUUUCCAUGAGCAAAGAUCUUCUUACAGCAGUAACUGAACUUUGACCUCUAUGUUUCUUUCUUUCUCUUCCUUAGUCACAUGUAAAGGGGUUUUCUUUGAACAUUAGCAAAGUAUUCUCUUGACAUCUGUUAUUCACUUUAGCAACUCACAAUGUCAUAGGCCGACUGUAUAAACUGACUAACCAGCAUGGGCAUAAGGAACGUACUGGCACUGAUUACAGGUUAGACGUAUGUUUGCAAUGAGCCUGAUAUGUAACAAUGACCCAAAAUGUAAUUUAAAAAAAAGUAAUAAAACCCCAAAUGUAGUAACUGGCAGAUAAUAUAGCAAGAUGUUGAGCCCAAAAUGUAGGAACUUUUUGCCCCAAAUGUGGCAACUUGUUACAUUUUGGGUCCGUUAUUAAAAUUUUUAACUUUUUUUUUCUCACAUUUUUAAAUCACAUUUGGGCUCUAAAAAGGCAGCAGCAAUGCUGAUAAAGUUAGUUGUGAACUGUGUGGCUAAUUUGUGAACACUAUGUUUGUUCACAGUUGGGACAUUCGUUUGAAUUGUGUAGUGUGCAAUUGUUGAGUGUUUCUGUCAUUUUGCUAAAAAGAACUAUGCUUCUUCUUGCAUCAGUAAUUUCAACACAAAGGCAUAAUCUGUAUUUUGUUUGUCAAAAGCUCUUGCUCUUACAUCUUAACUACCAAAUUGAGGCAAUCUGACUCAGGGACAUCUUCUGACAUGUAAUCCAGCUCAGCACUGAUGAAAGAGAGUCAAAACUAAAGAAAAAAAAGGUUCUGAAUCCGAACAUGUAAAAUCUGCUAGCAAAAAAGCAAAAAGAAUAUUUUGAGGAGUUUAUAUUGAGAACUGUUUUCAGACUCAGAAAUUUACAGUCAGUGUAGAACCAAUUUAGAGGACCAUGGACUUGUAAUACACACAAAUAUGAAGACCUGACUUCCUGGUUUCAGUUAAUGUAAUUUUAAUUCUCUCAUGCCACCUUCUGGAUCCAAAGAGUAUCAAAGAGAUGCUCAGCCAUCAUCAUCUUUUUUGUGUACCUUUUACUGCUCAGUUAUCUGUGUAAGGCAUGUAUGCUUCCAUUUCUUAAAUUGGUUUACCUUUGUAGGAUUUGGUGGACUGGAGGAGGCCUCUGGCAUGGCAGGUAGGCCACCUUGGAGAGAAAUAUGAUGCCUGGGUUCAUCAGCCAGUGGAUAGACCAAUAAGACUGUUUGGAAAUCCCUUGUUGGAGGCCAGUACCAAAACUUCCUGGUAAGACAGGAGGAGGCUUUUCUCUCUUCCUUCAAUGCCAUUUAAAGUAUAUGACAAGAUAAGAGGGGUCUGUUGUACCCCCCAAAAAAAGAUCUAUAUAUAUAUAUAUUAAACUAUACACAGUUAUUGUCAAAAGUCAAAACGUUUUUUUAUUUAAUGUAUAAUUAUUGGUUUUAACUAACUGGUGGAUUAUGAAACAGAAAUGACACAAUUGAAGCUCUGAGAUCAGCAUGUAUUGAUUGAGAGUGAGACCAGUUUUAUGUGUGCUGUCUUGCCACAGGUACUGGGUUCCAGUGGUCUGGCUUCCUAUUGUGUUCUAUUUUAGUUGGCACUGCUACACCACUCUGGCAAAAGGCACCACAAGGAUAGCCCUCACGUCAGGUAACAUACCUGUAGAAAAAUCUAUGCUGUCUAUAACAGAAUUACAAAAAAACGAGCAGACGACAUUCUUUUUAUGCAUGCACUGUGCAUGUUGAAGUGUGUGUGGAUGUCAAUACCUGUGUGUGUGUGUUCCCAGACUUCUACAUCCCCAUCCAUGAGUACAUCUUCCCAGUCCUCUUUUUGUUGGGCUGGUUUUUGUGGUCAUUCGUCGAGUACUGCAUCCAUCGCUUUGUCUUUCACAUGAAACCUCCCGCCCAUAACUACUACCUCAUCACAAUACAUUUUCUCCUGCAUGGACAGCACCACAAGGUAUAAACACAACAUCUCUUUAUCAAUUCUGUCAUCCACACUGUCAAGUUAAACACAUGGUAUAAACUCGAUUUCCCACAGUCUCCAUUUGAUGGCUCUCGGCUGGUCUUCCCACCUGGCCUGGCGUCCUUGGUGGUGGGAGCUUUCUAUACGAUUCUCCGUUACUUGCUUCCAGAUAUCCUUGGGAUAUCUGUGUUUGUCGGAGGACUCUGUGGCUAUGUGGUCUAUGAUAUGAUCCAUUACUAUCUCCACUACGGCUCACCAAAGAGAGGAUCUUAUAUGUACAAUCUGAAGGCAUACCAUGUGAAACACCACUUUGAGCACCAAAGAGCAGGUAAAAAUAUGACAGACCAAGGGAGGUCUGACUUUCAUGUUCAGUUCUCCUCUAUCUGCUUUGAUUCUCCCCUCAUCUUUCUUAAUUCUCUUUCUCUCUCCAGGUUUUGGAAUCACCUCGACGUUCUGGGACCACCCCUUUAACACAGUCAUCCCAGAUGAGAAAUUCUAAUGGAGAAAAGGCGCCCUCAAGUGGCCACAGGACUCAUAAAGCACUAUUAUAGAAACCAGCCCUCCAAUAAUCCCCACUGAAGAACCGUACUGUGGUCCUUGCAGAUACAGAUUUUACACCCUAAUAGGAUUUUAAAUUUUGUGGACUCUUAGAUCUCUGUAGUUAAUCCAUCCUACAUAGUAGCUACAUAACAAACCAGGCAAGUUUUUGCCUGUGCUCAUUUAUCUUACCUGUGUUCAUUUUUACGAGCUCUCAGAAAGAGGCAUUUCCUGAUAUUUUGGUAAGACGGGCUUUCUGUGACCUUUCUCAAUCAACAACUUCCUCAGCUAUCCUGUACUAUUCACUCUGCCACACAGGGGGUGUCACACACACACACACACACACACACACACACACACACACACACACACACACACACACACACACACACACACACAGUGAAACGUAUACAUGUUCUUGGAUUAAUAUGGCAUCUACUGCAAGCAGUUCAAGGAAUUCUCUGUGGUUGUUUUAUUCAGUAGAGUAUAUUACAAAUGUUGGGAGACACUGUCAUUCAGAACCCUUCACUGCUGAAACAACUUCUUCUCAUAUUUCCCCAAAGAGUAAGGGAUAAUUAUGCCAUUGGCACUGGUGCCAACUAUGAUACAAAAUUAUGUUUGACCUUUGGUUUUACCAGAAAAUAUCAUCCUUCAUGCUUGGUCUCUCUAUGCUUGUAAAACAGAAAGCUCUCAGAUAUUUGAACAUGGAGGAAUUGAAUAGAAAGUCUUUAUUGAAUGUAAUGUAUCAGUGACACAGCAAAGGUGGAAUUACACUGUUUUCCCCACUCCUUAUCUUCUGGGAUACACAUAUGGCAAACACAGUAAGAUACUUUGAUAUAAACAGGUUUUAAACUGGAUCUGGAUGAGAGUCAACGCAGUGGUAGGAUGUGGUGUUGUUUUAAAAAUAAAACUUAUUUAGAGUGCAUUAAGCCGUACAGAUGAAUGGCUGUUGGAGAGACAGAGCCGAGGGCAUGAGGCCAGCCUGUCAGACUUUCUGUUGUGGGUAUCUCAAGGUCACAUUAGUGAAGGGAAAGAAAAUAAUUUCAGUAUUAAUUUGGCUUUUAAAAUGGACCAAACAGAAAUUUGCGUGUUUGGCAGGUGAGUAAAAAUGCUUUCAGGUGGUUUUCUACAUUGUUGGAAAACCAUGUUCUGCUGAAAGCACCAAUGUGACUCUGGAGAUUCUCUAAGGAUGACGAUGGACAAACCAUCUGACUAGACAACAGUCAGUCUUGACAAUAACUGGUGGAUCCUUCAAUAUGUUUCUUCUAAAUCUAACUCCCGGCAAAACAUUGUACAUCUAGUAUUGAAAAAAAAAACACGUAAUCACUUUCAUGAUAUGUAUAUACAGAUGAUCACAUAUAUAAAUUAUUAUUGAAAAUCUAUUUUGCAUUACUUACACUUUUUAGGAGCAGGAAAAUAAAAGAAGGAGGGGAUUGUAUUUGCAUAGCUUUUCAACAAAAUGAACCACGAACACAAAAAUGAGGUCAAUCUUUUUAUAAAAAAGAAAAUGAUUUGUUCGAUUGAAGUAAAACAAAGAAAUCAGAGAAUCUGAAUUUCCUUUUGUACCUGACUCAGUCUGUCCUUUUGUCUAUCACACACAUCAGCAACCUCUUUCACUCUUUCUGCUGUAUAUGGUACAGUUCAUGAUGAGUGUUUGAGCACAGCCAAGAGAUUCAUGUUAUUGUCAAGAUAAUGAAAAAACGUACCAUUCAUAAAUUGCUUGGGGAAUAAUUAAAGAAGGAACAUUUUUUCAUAAACGUGAUACGACUAAUGAAUAUUAUGGUGCGUAAAAUUACUCCUCCUGCUAAAAAAGAGCACAUACAGCUUAAUUUAUUUUAUUUUGUUUAUUUACAUGUGAAAGAAGAAAACAACAGCUUUGUAAGCUCUGAUUCUGCUGAAUUAUGCUGCAUGAAAUAACAUUUCCUCAAUGUGUUGACUUCAGUACUUUGAAACUUGUGUUUCAGAAUUGUUCAUGUCUGUGCAAAGAGAAACAUUACAUGUAAAUAAAUGUAUGUAUAUUUUUGAUCCUAAAAUAUCUGGUAUGUUGUGUAUGAUCAAAUGAUUUGAAGCCCAAUUUUUUAUUUGUCUAUUUACUUGUUUAUUUAUUCAACGCGGACAUAUGAAGAAGAACUUUAUUGAUCCCCAAAGGGAAAUUCAAUU